AUGCGGCUCUGGAGUUGGGUGCUGCGCCUGGGGCUGCUGAGCGCCGCGCUGGGCUGCGGGCUGGCCGAGCGCCCCCGCCGGGCCCGGAGAGACCCUCGGGCCGUGCGCACCCCGCGCCCCGCCGCCGGCCCGGCCACCUGCGCCACCCGGGCGGCCCGCGGUCGCCGCGCCUCGCCGCCGCCGCCUCCGGGCGGUGCCUGGGAAGCCGUGCGCGUCCCCCGGCGGCGGCAGCAGCGGGCGGCGAGGGGCGCCGAGGAGCCGAGCCCGCCUAGCCGGGCGCUCUAUUUCAGCGGGAGAGGGGAGCAGCUGCGCCUUCGGGCCGACGUGGAGCUGCCCCGCGACGCCUUCACACUGCAAGUGUGGCUCCGAGCGGAGGGGGGCCAGGCAUCUCCAGCGGUGAUCACAGGGCUGUAUGACAAAUGUUCUUAUACCUCGCGUGACCGAGGAUGGGUCGUGGGCAUUCACACCAUCAGUGAUCAAGGCAACAGAGACCCACGGUACUUUUUCUCCUUGAAGACAGACCGGGCCAGGAAAGUGACCACCAUCGAUGCUCAUCGCAGCUACCUCCCAGGCCAGUGGGUAUACCUAGCUGCUACCUACGAUGGGCGACUGAUGAAGCUCUAUAUGAACGGUGCCCAGGUGGCGACCUCUGGGGAGCAAGUUGGUGGCAUAUUCAGUCCACUGUCCCAGAAGUGUAAAGUGCUCAUGUUAGGGGGCAGUGCUCAAAAUCACAACUUCCGGGGCAACAUUGAGCACUUCAGUCUAUGGAAGAUAGCCAGGACACAGCGAGAGAUACUGUCUGACAUGGAAACCCAUGGCCUCCACACCCCUCUACCUCAGCUCCUCCUCCAGGAGAACUGGGACAAUGUGAAGCGCACUUGGUCUGCCAUGAAGGAUGGCAACAGCCCCCACGUGGAAUUCAGCAAUGCCCACAGCUUCCUGUUGGACACUAGUUUAGAGCCCCCUCUUUGUGGGCAGACGCUAUGUGACAACACAGAAGUCAUCUCCAGUUAUAACCAGCUCCCAAGUUUCCGUCGACCCAAGGUGGUGCGCUAUCGUGUGGUCAACAUCCAUGAUGACGAUCAUGAGAACCCGACUGUGAGCCAGCAGCAGAUUGAUUUUCAGCACCAGCAGCUGGCUGAGGCCUUCCAGCACUAUAACAUCUCCUGGGAGCUGGAGGUGCUGGAGAUAAACAGCUCUUCUCUGCGUCACCGCCUCAUCCUAGCCAACUGUGACAUCAGCAAGAUCGGCGAUGAAAAGUGUGACCCUGAAUGCAACCAUACACUGACUGGCCAUGAUGGCGGGGACUGCCGCCAGCUGCGCUAUCCCGCAUUCAUGAAGAAGCAGCAGAACGGUGUUUGUGACAUGGACUGCAACUACGAAAGGUUUAAUUUCGAUGGUGGAGAGUGCUGUGACCCAGACAUCACUGAUGUCACUAAGACAUGCUUUGAUCCUGACUCUCCACACAGAGCCUACUUGGAUGUCAAUGAGCUAAAGAACAUUCUUAGAUUGGAUGGAUCAACACAUCUCAAUAUUUUCUUUGCAAACUCUUCAGAGGAGGAGUUGGCGGGAGUGGCAACUUGGCCAUGGGACAAGGAGGCCCUAAUGCACUUGGGCGGCAUUGUUUUGAACCCAUCUUUCUAUGGCAUUCCUGGACACACCCACACCAUGAUCCAUGAGAUUGGGCACAGCCUGGGCCUCUAUCACAUCUUCCGUGGCAUCUCAGAAAUCCAGUCCUGCAGUGAUCCCUGCAUGGAGACAGAGCCCUCAUUUGAAACUGGAGACCUCUGCAAUGACACCAACCCAGCCCCCAAACACAAGUUUUGUGGAGACCCUGGACCAGGGAAUGACACUUGUGGCUUUCAUAGCUUCUUCGACACUCCUUACAAUAACUUCAUGAGCUAUGCAGAUGAUGACUGUACAGACUCUUUCACGCCCAAUCAAGUCUCCAGAAUGCACUGUUACCUGGACCUGGUAUACCAGAACUGGCAACCCUCCAGAAAGCCAGCACCUGUAGCCCUUGCCCCCCAGGUUGUGGGCCAUACAACUGACUCUGUGAUGUUAGAGUGGUUCCCACCCAUCGAUGGCCACUUCUUUGAAAGAGAAUUGGGAUCAGCAUGUGACCUUUGCCUAGAAGGGAGAAUCCUGGUGCAAUAUGCUUUCAAUGCCUCUUCCCCGAUGCCCUGUGGACCAUCAGGACACUGGAGUCCUCGGGAAGCAGAAGGUCAUCCAGAUGUUGAACAGCCCUGUAAAUCCAGUGUCAGAACCUGGAGUCCAAAUUCAGCUGUUAACCCACACACAGUCCCUCCAGCUUGUCCUGAGCCACAAGGCUGCUACCUCGAGCUGGAAUUCCAGUACCCCUUGGUCCCUGAUUCAUUGACCAUCUGGGUGACCUUUGUCUCCACUGACUGGGACUCCAGUGGAGCUGUCAAUGACGUCAAACUAUUGACAGUCAGUGGAAAGAACAUCUCUUUAGGUCCUCAAAAUGUUUUCUGUGAUAUCCCACUGACCAUCAGACUCCGGGAUGUGGGUGAGGAGGUAUACGGCAUCCAGAUCUAUACUCUUGAUGAACACCUGGAGAUUGAUGCAGCCAUGCUGACCUCUACUGCGGACAGUCCACUCUGUCUAGAGUGCAAACCCCUACAGUAUAAAGUGCUCCGGGACCCACCUCUCCAGGAAGACAUAGCCUCAUUACUACACCUCAACAGAAGAUUCGUGGACAUGGAUCUGAAACUUGGCAGUGUGUACCAGUACCAGAUUAUCACCAUUUCAGGAACUGAAGAGAGUGAGCCAUCACCGGCUGCCAUAUACACCCAUGGAAGUGGGUACUGUGGUGAUGGCAUUAUCCAGAAAGACCAAGGAGAAGAAUGUGACGACAUGAAUAAGAUCAAUGGUGAUGGCUGUUCCCUCUUCUGCCAACAAGAAAUUUCCUUCAACUGCAUUGAUGAACCCAGCCGGUGUUACUUCCAUGAUGGAGAUGGGAUGUGUGAAGAGUUUGAACAAAAAACUAGUAUUAAAGACUGUGGCGUCUACACACCCCAGGGAUUCCUGGAUCAGUGGGCAUCCAAUGCUUCAGUAUCCCAUCAAGACCAGCAGUGCCCAGGUUGGGUUGUUAUUGGACAACCAGCGGCAUCCCAGGUGUGUCGAACCAAGGUGAUAGAUCUCAGUGAAGGCAUUUCCCAGCAUGCUUGGUACCCUUGCACCAUUAAUUACCCAUACUACCAGCUGCCUCAGACCACAUUCUGGCUCCAGACAUAUUUCUCUCAGCCAAUGGUUGCUGCAGCUGUUAUUAUCCACUUGGUGACUGAUGGAACGUACUAUGGGGACCAAAAGCAGGAGACCAUCAGUGUGCAGUUGCUUGAUACCAAAGAGCAAAGCCAUGAUCUAGGCCUCCAUGUCUUGAGCUGCAGGAACAAUCCCCUGAUUAUCCCUGUGGUCCAUGACCUCAGCCAGCCCUUCUACCACAGCCAAGCAGUACGUGUGAGCUUCAGUUCGCCCCUGGUCGCCAUCUCGGGGGUGGCCCUCCGCUCCUUCGACAACUUUGACCCUGUCACCCUGAGCAGCUGCCAGAGAGGAGAGACCUACAGCCCUGCUGAGCAGAGCUGUGUGCAUUUCGCCUGUGAAGCCACGGACUGUCCAGAACUGGCUGUGGAGAAUGCUUCUCUCAACUGUUCCAGCAGCCACCGCUACCAUGGUGCCCAGUGCACUGUGAGCUGCCAGACAGGUUAUGUGCUGCAGAUACAGCGGGAUGAUGAGUUGAUCAAGAGCCAGGUGGGACCAAGCAUCACGGUGACAUGUACGGAGGGCAAGUGGAACAAGCAGGUGGCAUGUGAGCCAGUGGACUGCGGUGUCCCGGAUCACCAUCACGUCUAUGCUGCCUCCUUCUCCUGCCCAGAAGGCACCACCUUUGGUAGAAGAUGUUCCUUUCAGUGCCGCCACCCUGCCCAGCUGAAAGGCAACAACAGCGUUCUGACCUGUAUGGAAGAUGGACUGUGGUCCUUCCCGGAGGCCCUGUGUGAGCUCAUGUGCCUCGCCCCACCCCCAGUUCCCAACGCAGACCUGCAGACAGCAAGGUGUCGAGAGAACAAGCACAAGGUGGGCUCCUUCUGCAAGUACAAGUGCAAACCUGGAUACCACGUGCCUGGCUCGUCUAGGAAGUCCAAGAAACGGGCCUUCAAGACUCAGUGUACCCAAGACGGCAGCUGGCAGGAGGGAACUUGUGUGCCUGUGACUUGUGACCCACCUCCAGCCAAAUUCCAUGGGCUCUACCAAUGCACCAAUGGCUUCCAGUUCAACAGUGAGUGUAGGAUCAAGUGUGAAGACAGUGAAGGCUCCCAGGGCCGUGGGAGCAACAUCAUUCACUGCCGGAAAGAUGGUACCUGGAGUGGCUCCUUCCAUGUCUGCCGAGAGAUGCAAGGCCAGUGCUUGGCUCCCAACCAGCUCAACGGUAACCUCAAAUUGCAGUGUCCUGAUGGCUACGCCAUAGGGUCAGAGUGUGCCACCUCGUGCCUGGACCACAACAGCGAGUCCAUCAUCUUGCCAGUGAACGUGACGGUGCGUGACAUUCCCCACUGGAUGAACCCCACCCGAGUAGAGAGGAUUGUCUGCACUGCUGGUCUCCAGUGGUAUCCCCACCCUGCUCUGAUCCACUGUGUCAAAGGCUGUGAGCCAUUCAUGGGAGACAAUUACUGUGAUGCCAUCAAUAAUCGAGCCUUCUGCAACUAUGAUGGUGGGGACUGCUGCACCUCCACGGUAAAGACCAAAAAGGUCACUCCCUUUCCUAUGUCCUGUGACCUACAAGAUGACUGCGCCUGUCGGGACCCUGAAGCCCAAGAACACAGCCGGAAAGACCUUCGGGGAUAUAGCCAUGGCUAAGGAAAGACAAGAGUUGUCCAAGAUUUCCCAACGCCAAGACCCGCAUCCCUCUGGUAUUGAUUUCACAGUCUGCUGCUCAAUGAAAUGGCCUCUCCACACCAGGGAUCCUUAGCACCCAACCGGUCUGCCUUUAAUUUCACCCAGGAAGGACCAACUGUGGGGCAAUGAACUGAAUCUCACCAUGCUGAAUGAUGGAAUGGAAUACUAUCCUGCAGUCUAAGAUGGAUUGCAUACACAGCAUGUAGUCCCAGAGCCUCUGAAAAUUCUAACCAUUUGUCACAUGACCACAGCCCAAAACAACAAAACCAUGUUUUGUAUCAAGGAGUAUGCACAUCUGUGGUUCAUACACAUGCAUACAUACACACCCAUACAAACAUCUAUGUGAAGGCAGUUUUAGAAAAGUUAGUGAAAAACAACUGGAAAAACAAAACAAAGCAACAAAAGCAAAGCAAAACAAAACAAAACAAAAACCACCUCAAUCUUUCCUUUCCCAAGCUCCUUGGGAGAAAGAGAGUUAUAGAAACUAAGACCAAGUACUGAGAAAGAAAUAUAACUCAGAUUCUGAGGUACAGAAAAUGCUGUGCAUACAUCAUCAUGUAGUGUUUGGGGACCAGAAGUGAAAUGCUUUGUAACUACAAAUCUUCUAGGGAACUAGGGCCCAAGAAUAAGUAAAUAUUCCAAGGUGUGCAAAGCUCCCCAAUUUUUCUGCUGCCAUGGGGAUUUUGCCCCAACACCAGGGUGCAAGGCCUAGCUGGAAAUGGCUUAGGACUGCAGAGUCAAGGUAUUCCAUCAGCUCCCUGCUUGAGGCUUGAGGUCUUCAUAUCCCUUCCAGAUCCCACCUGUUCUCCAGAUCUUACCUUGGGACCACAUUUGCUGCUACUCUUCCUGCUGCUCUGUCUGAUACAUUGAGUACUCUUCGAUAGUAAAGCUAGGUUAGAAAAAACUCCAAAUAAUCAAGUAGACUGCCUUAAAAGUGAUUCAUAUUUUUCCAGAGUUCCUCACUUCUUGGCCCAUCUUCAAGAGAAAAACCUUAAUGGGCUUAAGUCCUUCACAAGUGGACUUCUCAUUCUGGAAAAGAGUUAAGGGAUGUCAGAUGCUCGAGCCCUUCCUGAGAGUCGAGAAUGUCUAAGCCAGUGUUAGAUUUUCUAAUCAAGUGGAACAGUGUUAAACUUGGGAAUGCUGGAACCACAGGGAAGCUGCUGGAAUGGUCAGGACACGGGUUAUUGUCCUUAUCUCAAUUUUCCCAGGUCUCUAGGCUAGAGCAAGCUUUGGUCUUGAGACUCCCACUAUUAUUCUAAGCAGAUGAAUUCUAAAACAUCUUGGAUCUGGGCAAUGUAUGUGGCAUUCUAGAGGAACAGAGGAACAUCGGGAAGCCCUGGAGAUCCAGACUCAGCACCCAACACAUUCAUCACAUUUUCCAUAUAAUUUUUCAGAUGUUAGGACACCUUUCCACAUUCAUUGUUGGGCACUGCUCCUUCCCCUCCCAUAUUUAGUCUUCAAACAUUAGGAGGAAAUGAGUCAACUGUACAUGGAAGCCAGUGAUGUAUGCAGGGCCUCUUUUUUCCAAUUACCUGUUCAUACCCUCUGAAUUAAUGUGAGAAGAGAUCAACACAGGAUGAGGUGUAUAGAGUAGUUAACUUUGACAAAUUUGUGAAACAUGGAGCUGGGAAGCAAGGACAUAGGAGGACCUAAAUGAAAUGUAUAACAUAAAGAUGACAGUACAUCAAUUGAUCUCAAGUCUAGUGGGGACAGCUAAUAAAAGCAAGUCUGGGACAGAAUGCAAAAUGCCAGUCCAUGCAUAGACAUCCUGCAGCUAAGGCAUUCAUCGUUAAUCUAUCGUGUUCCCUUUUCUACUAGGACCAACAGUAAUUUCACAAACUGUGUUUUCAUAUUAUGACCAAUAGCUUUUUCCUACUGAUUAAGAAUACUUGAAAAGGUAUCUAUUGACCAUCAGUGGUCUGUAAUAUCAAGAAAUGUACCAAGGUGCUUUUCGCACAGGUGCCCAUAAAUAAGGAUACAAUGCUUAUAUUAUGCAGCUUGUCCUUUACUGAAGCCUCUGACGUUCAAGUCUAGAAUGGAGAAGUGGCCACUGAUGUGAUAGCCCAGCACUUUGGCUCCUCCAAAAGCAUAUCACAUUUAUAUAUAGGGCACUUCCCCCUGUAAUUACUAGAACCAAUCUUUAACAAAAUAUAAGAACAAUUUUAUGGGAAUUGGCCUGAUUAUGUUUAACUCUCUAGGAUCCUCAAACUUUUGUUAACCCUUCAGGCCUCUCUAUUACCCAGAUAUGCUGUGUCAGCUUAGACAGGACAAGCUAAAGAGUGGAAACAGGACCAGCCCUCUCAACAGCUUAAAAUGCCCAUAAGUAGUACAGGAGCCUCCAAAGACCCAAAGAUAACAUUAUUAACAGUAGGGUCAUAGAAACUGAAGACAGACCAUAAGAAUUCCCCCCAAUCAAUCCUCAUCUAACUCUUUGUUCUUAUUGUCAUCUGUUGCUACACUCUCCAACUGAGCAAAGACUCCUGGAGGCUGGCUCCUAUUUUAAGAUUCAGAGACUGAAGUGGGCCUAUCCAGGCAGAAUCCCAUCUAGUUUCCAACUUGCUGCCAAUCAAACCUGUUGUGACCAAAUUCAUAUUUGCUGAGCCUAUUAGAUAAAAGAGGCUACACAACUGGUAGCCUGCCUCAUGCCCACAAGGGAUGUGUAAUUCAUAGGUUCUUCCCAGACCUUAAUGCAGGACAGUCAGCUGCAUUUUUGCAAUGCACUGAUUCCCAGUUUCAUUUGCUUCCUGAGAAUAAACUCCUUGUCACAUCCCCCUCAGUCAUCUGUUUCAGACAAUGGAGUAAUCAGGAGGAGGCGGGUCUGAAGCACUGUUGUACAUCCACAGCUUAGGGGCCCGAAAGCACUUGGGAGUUCUGCAGCUGAAGAAGUAUCAGUCUGUUAGCAGCAAGGAAGCAAAGAUGAGGUGGACAGUUCUCUAGGCUCCAUCUGGGAAACUGUUCCAAACCGCAACUCACUGUCUGCCCAAAGGACUUGCGUUGUCCCUGGAUGGUGUGCCAACAACCUCGGAAGGGAAGUCAGUGUGGGAAGCCAGUGAGUCCAUGGAAAGUCAGUGUGGGUAGGUGAAGCAGGGUGUAAAGCAAAGGAGAGAUUAAUGGUCUUAAAUAGCAGGCUUUUGGAAAAGGAGGGAAUCAGCUGCCGUGCUUGGCCUCCUCAGCACACUGGGCCACUGCCGAGACCAUUCUCUGUCUCAUUCCCACUUUGGCCAAUGUUUAAAUGCUAUUUGUUGAAAAUAAUUCUUUGGGACAGAUUUCAGCUACCUCCCUUCCAGGUUCGAUUUAACUUGGCUGUAACUGUCAGUUUGUUAAAGGUCUUACCUGUGUGAUUUUUAAAAAAAAGAAAGAAAGAAAUAGAAAAAGAAAUGAAAGAAAGAAAAGAGAAGAAUGGAAAAGGAAGGAAAUCAUAGUCAUGUUAACAGUUUCAGUGUGUCUGUGUGUCUGUGUGCGUGCGUGCGUGCGUGCGUGCGUGCGUGCGUGUGUGUGUGUGUGUGUGUGUGACUUUUUUUCUGGAACUACUUCAAGUGAGAAAAAAAUGAUAGUGACAAAGCUAUAAAAAUAUAAAUUAAUAGAGGACAAUAUGAUUACAAGGAACUAAAAUGCAUGAUUAAAACCUAAGAAUAUGAACUCUAUUUUUAUGCUUCCUCGAGGAGGCUGUUUAUUCUACAGACUGAGUAUGUAGAGAUGACAUAGAGAUUUCGCUAGAUGAUGAAGAGUGAGGUUUUAUUGCUCUGUCUGAUAUUUUCUGUACAUUGUGGUAGGUCCAGGAAGUAAGGCAUAUUCUCCCUUGAGUUGUUUUUAGUGGGGCAUUUUGCUCUUUUUUUUUUUUUUUUUUUUUUGUGACUGUCCAUGGUAGUGGGGCCUGGGGAGGGUUUCAUAUUGGUUUUCACCAAAUGUUAAGGGGAUAAACUGUGUCUUUGUCCUUUUUACACUAUAAGAUAUUUGUAUUUGCCAGUAUGGCCCUGAGCUCCCUGAUGACUACAUUCAGAACCAACCUGCACAGUCCACUUCCUAAGAAGCUGCUACAUGACCAGACAGGUGAUCCCAGUGAAGUUUGAGAAAGAAAACAAACCAAAUUAAUAACUAAAUAGAAAAUGAGUUUUGUAAAAUCCUCUUUUUGUAAUUUAUUCAAGUUUUGCCAAAUUCCUAACUAUCAUUUCCCUUGUAAGAACAAUGCAAUAAUAAUCAAGGUAGAAGUUUAUGUGUUUGGCCAAAGCUUCAGAAUGCUUGACUCCAGGCAUCACUUCACUCAGUGAUUUUGAACAAGUCAUCAGAUUGCCUCCACAUUUGCCUCAGUUUCUCUAGCUGAAAAAUGGGGAUACUACUACUUACCUACCUCACAGUGGGAGGACAGAGGACCAUGAGGCCCUGAGGUUUUUAAAUGGACUAUGCAAUCUGUUAGAGACACCAUCUGAUGCAAAGUCCAUAGGUUGUUUUUCAAGAAUGCAUAGGGUCAUCACCUUUUUCAGAGAUAGGGAGUACUUGAUUGACAUUUCAAGGCACAAAAGCUGGAAUGCCUGGAUUAGAGUUCACCUUAAGGGAGUGUACUGGGAAAUAGUUCACUCUUUAGAUAAUUUCAAGUUCCUUCUCCCUUUUUCUAGCCUUUACCAAUUCAAUGAUUUGAUCAAAAUCCAAUGACUUCCUACAGUGUAAAAAUCAGGCUACUGUCAUGUAGUUAAGAUUUGGGGGGGCAUUACCAAUUUACAGAGUAAGAGGGUCUGACAUCUCUUCUCCAGCAGAUUCCUCUCUUUUCACACUUAGUUUCCACAACACAUGUUUCAUUAAUAUAAGUGAUAAUAUUUGAGUGCAAGUUGGACUUCUUAAACUUCACACCAGCAGUCAGUGAGGAGAACUAUGAACAAUUAGUGAGUUGCUUUGUUGGGUCUCUAUAAUCAAUAACCUGUCUGCAGAUAUCUAUCUAUAUAAAGAUAUUAUAUAUAAAUAAAAAUUUACAUAUAUAUGCACAUGUAUAUAUAGUUGUACAUAUAUGUGUGUAUAUAUAUACUUAAAUGUAAUAUUUACAAAACUGUGAUCUCUUCUAGAGAAAAUGUAUUCAUAUUACAAACUGCUCUUCCAUAUUUAUGUAUCAUAUUAUACCUUUUUAUUGUUGUUGAGGGUAUUUCUAAUUAUUAUGAUGUUAAAAUCUGUUUGGCACCUUCUGGAAGCAACCAAAAAAAUAUGACUCUUCAUCAAAGUGCUUAGAAUCUGUUCUUAAGAAAAUUCUACUGGUCUACUGUUAAAAAAAAAGAAAAAAGAAAAAAAUGAAAGAAAGGAAGAAAGAAAGAGUGAAAAGAAAGAUAAAUGCAAAGUAAAGACCAAAAACUAAACACAACUCUAACCUUCUUCCUGUACCUCACGCGCAGAAAUGUGCUGCUCUUGUUGUGGGUUUAUUUUUCCUGUUUAUGUGUUUUUAUGGAUCUAAGUUAAGUCUUUCAGCAAUAUAUAAAAAUGUAAAUAGUUAACUUUAUUUAUUAAGAAUGUCAUCUUUUUUAAUUUAUAUUUACACGAUGGUUCAUCUAAUUUAUUUUUUCUAUACGGUUUUAAAUACUCAGACAUAUUUUGCUGUUCAUGGUAUUUUUUAUUCUCUUCUCAUGGAUUUGUGUUUCCAUAUUGUUCUCUCUGGUCUCAGUUACAGGUUGGAUCUGACACACAUACACGAAAAUAAUGUCAAAGACAAAUAUUUUGCCACUGUUGAUUACUAUACCUUAAAGUUCUAUAUUAUGAAAAUAUAUAAUAGCUUGUCUGCUUCAACAUGUUGUUGUGUGUUUUUUUGUCUAUUGUAGAGUCAUAUAGAAUGGUCAUGUGUGUGUGUGGGCAUGUGUGUGCAUGCCCACACACACACAUGCCCCCCCCACACACACACACAAUAACAUGAAAGAGAACCAUGUGAGUUUAUAAUUUUUAAAAAAAAUCAAUGAAAGACAGGAAAUUGAAUUUGAUAUACACCAAAUCUUCUACAAAAUCCCCCCAAAAUAUCUUUAUUUUGUAUAUGCAAAACCUGGCAAACAUUAUUAUAUAGUGUAAGAAAUUUCCACUCUGUGGCACUAAAGCAUAUAUCACUUGUCAUUAUAUAUUACUCUCUGGACUCUGUCUUCAACAAUACACUCUGAGAAUAUUCUUUAUUCAUUAAAAAAAAAAAAAAACAGCAAAAGGGAAACAAAAAUGGACCACACCCUGUCUUCUGGGUGUAACAUGGUCGUUGCAAUCUUGAGCUCACUACAGAUAUUGGUCGUAUACAAACCUGUGAGAAACAGGGGGGUUCUUCAACAUUCCACCAUGGAUCAGGGCUUGGUGGGGGUGGGGGUGAUUGUGAUGCCUCUCUCCUUAAGGAGCCACUGACAGUUCAUGGUUGCAGGGGAAGAGAGAUGUGAUUUUCUUCAGUGUUUUAUCCAUUGGCAAGGUGCCCAUGCUCCCGUAAAUAGCCCUCUACCCAAGCUCAAACAAGCAAACCUAAUUAAAGAAGUGUGGGACAGAAAAUAAUAAAGUGAGAAGACUAACUGGGAAGAAGGGUCUCUGCAGAGGCGGGAGGGGAACGAGACGAUGAGGGGUGAAUUUGAUCACAACACAAUGUAUAUGCAUAAAGCUUUCAAAAUGAGGUUACCUUAAAAAUAGUAAAUUAAGUAAGAAAACAAUGAACACUUAAUCAUCCAGUCCAUCAUGUGAGCCGAUAGCUGAGACUGAAAUAUUGCUGCUUUCUAUCCAUGUAUAACAUUUUAUUGUUCAUCAGUCACCAGUUAGGAAGUAGCUAGGCAGUCUUUGGAAAGUUAUUAAAUUGUUUUAAGGUUUUGUCUUACUAUCUGUGAAAUGAAAAUAAAAUAUCAACUUCAUAAGGUU